UAUAAACACAAUAAAUAUACAGCGUAUAUGGCUAGUGAAAAAAUAGAAGAACAUCACCAGCACCUUAGAGUAGUCAAGAACGAGGAGGAGGAAUCAACAACAUCGAAGAAGAAGGGUGAAAGUUCAAAUCAAUCAGAAAGAGAAGAAAACGAGGCGGUGAGUACGAGGUUGAAGUUGAUUGGAGCACACACUUACAGAAGAGAACCAACCAUCGAUGCCAAUAACUACGACGAUGGUUCAUCAAAUGUGACCGAGAAAUGUCACGGGAUUUCUCAGCAGGCUCAUCAUUCCAAGUGUGCUUGAUUUAAUUUCGUGUUCGUCCUAUAUUUGCAACAAUUUGAUUCUUUUUUUUUUCAUUAAAAAUAAGACCAUAUGGGGAGGUUCGGAGCUGCAAUCGAAAGGUUUUUCACGGUUCGAGGGUUAUGGAAAGGAAAGAAGCGUUGGAUGGCCUGGUCUUGUUUUCGGAGGAAUCGUGCUUUACGCAAGCAUCACUAAUGUAGUAGUAAUAUAGUUGCUCCUUGCCUCGUUUAUGUUGUUGUUUCCCUUUUAUUUCCUUUUUGUUGUUUUUGAUAGUGGUGUUUCUGUGUGAUUAGGGAC